UCGCUCUCUCCCUCUCCAUCUCCAUCUCUCUCUCUUUGCGCACACGCACGCGCACACAAAAAUAAUAACAAAUGGAAGGAGAAGGAACAUCUUCAAAAGAAGAAAAACCAAGAAAACUGAAAAGAAUAUGUGUGUUUUGUGGGAGUUCACCUGGUUUCAGAACCUCAUUCACUGAAGCUGCCUUAGAACUUGGUCAAGAACUGGUUAAAAGAAAGAUUGAUCUGGUGUAUGGUGGGGGAAGUGUUGGUUUGAUGGGUUUGAUCUCCAAAACUGUUUUUAAUGGAGGUUGUCAUGUUCUUGGAGUGAUGCCUAAAGCUCUCUUAUGCCAUGAGAUAUCAGGAGAAAUAGUUGGAGAGAUAAAAGUAGUAGCAGAUAUGCAUCAAAGGAAGUCUACAAUGGCGGAAAACGCAGACGCGUUUAUCGCACUUCCUGGAGGGUAUGGGACUCUGGAGGAGUUAUUGGAGAUGAUCGCUUGGUCUCAGCUUGGAAUUCAUGACAAACCAGUGGGGUUGCUAAACGUGGAUGGAUACUAUAAUAGCCUACUAACUUUGUUUGACAAAGGAGUAGACGAAGGAUUCAUUAAAGUUUCAGAAAGAAAGAUUAUGGUUUCAGCGGUUACUGUACAAGAUUUGAUCACUAAAAUAGAGGAAUAUGUAGCAGUGCAUAAAGGGGUUGUACCCAAACAUAAUUGGAAAACUAACUAAUCAUCAUUAGUCUAUUACAAGUGGGAUAUAAUCUACCAAAAUAUAUUGGAUGUUGAAUCAUUCAAUCUUAAACCAAGGUGAUUGAUUUCUCAUGAUUGAAAUUAAUAUAGUCAAAAACUAUAUUGCUUUAAUGAUAUGUACAUUAUGCAAUAAAGCUUGUAAAAUAUUCUUGACAUUUAAAGUUCAAAGUCUACAACUGGGCCCUUGAUCAAUAGGGUGUACAUGAUUUAUUGGG